CCGGCAUGUCGUAGCUCAAACGACACCCUUUUACUCGUUACUGUUAGGGACUUUGGCUCCUAUCACUGUUUCUUGACAGGUUUGAUCCUGUGGCGGUUUUGCUCAAAUAACCCCAAGAAAACCAUUAAAACACGAAUGGUCCGUUUUAGUCAAAUCAAGCGAAAUGAGGCGAGUCCGCUGCACGAUUUGCCGGCAACGGCUGCCAACACUCAAAACGCUAAAGUCCCACUACCUAACCAGCCAUUCAAAAAUUCAAAUGAUCAAGGAAAUUGUUAAAAAUAGCAUUAAUAAUGCGACACCGCUUCGGACAAGAAAACGCAAAAGCGAGGUUUACAAAACCGUGCAUUUGCAUGAUAAAGUGCAAAUAAAAUACAACCGCGACACUAUCAUUAUUGAGGAUGAUAGUGGGGCUGAUAAUCUCAUUGAGCUGACUUUUGACGAAGUGAAGAAAGCCAAGCGCAAAAAACAGCCCAAACGCCGCUGUCGUCGGAAGAAACUGGAUAAGCUGUUCACGGUUGGGAUUAGCAAAAUCGUGACAAGGCCCCAGUCCUUGCACCCCCAGACGGGCGAGUUUUACGAGUGCUAUUGCAUGGAGAGGCCGAAAAGCGCGCCGGAAGUCAGCCAAAUCCAUUGCACUUUUUGUGGCAGCGGUUUCGAUUCCACUGCUGAGUUGCUCAACCAUGAGCAACACCACCAGUAUUACUGCAAGUUGUGCAACCGGAUUUUUUUCCUCGCCAAUUACAAGGAACAUUUCGAGCAACAUUUGCUGCGGGUUUACGUUUGUUAUCUCUGCGGGUUUGAAUGCGUGUGCAGGGAGUUGUUGUUGGGGCAUUUGGGGUACCAUUUCGAGCAACAGACUUUCGAAAAUGUCCUGAAUAUGGAGCAGGAUUACAACGUGUAUGGGUUUUGUAGUCCGAAUUUUACCUCGGGGGAUUACCAUUCCAAUAUUAGCAAUAUUUUACUGUACUUGACUUACCCCUACGAGCAUAAUUACAGUCGGGGGAUGUUCAUGAAAGUCGUUUGUGAUAUUUGUUACCGGGAGUUUGGGAUUUACGACUAUGAGAGACAUAUGAGGAAUGCUCAUUUCUUGCGUUGAGUUAGGGGUUUAAGUUAGGUUUAGGUGAAGGGAUUUUGCCAAAGAUUUGAUCUCAAGAGUGAUUGUUUUGUUGAGAAUUGUUUUUUAUUUAUUGUUACAUUCGAAUAGAAUAUUUUUUCAGUUUA